AAACCCACUGCCCCCCUACUACCACUCUCUCACCUUCCAAAAUCACCCUGCUCAUAUUUCUCCUCCCACUCCCCCUCGCCCACCUAUCCAGACUCAGACAGUCUCUCAAGCCCCACUCGCCUCAGUCUCAGCCUUUCGGACGGGGAGGAUCAGCUGGACCGCCUCCAGCAGGUGGAGCUUGCCCGUGGCAUGCCCAUGUCGCUGUGGAGGGCGGGCACCGUGCAGGCCUGGCUGGAGGUCGUCAUGGCGAUGCCCAUGUAUAUUCGCGCCUGCUCAGAGAAUGUGAAGAGUGGCAAGGUAUGACCCGAGAUGACGUCAAACUGUAGGAAGACUUAGGCCAGUAUUCAAUCAAACCCAUGUGGCUUUCCGGAUAUCUCUUUCAGAGGUGGAUUCAUUUGAUUUUCACAUUAGCAUGUCCUGACGGUGGAGGGAGUUGACAUUUGCUACAGAAAUUGACUGAUUGGUUGCGUGCGCUGGAGCCUGGAGACUUCUCAGCCAGGUUUGCUCUCAAAACUGAAUAGGUCACGUCAAGGGAACUCCACCCAUACGGUACAUGCUGCUGCGUAAAUCAAAGGUACUUGUGAAAUCACAAUCUGGAAAUCCACUACAGGUCCAAUAGAAUGUGGUUUGACCUUUGGCCCCUUUGCAGGUGCUGCUAGGCCUGUCAGAUGAGGACCUGGAGCUGGGGUUAGGGGUAACCAGCUCUAUGCACCGCAGGAAGCUCCGGCUGGCCAUCGAGGACUACAGGGACGCCGAGAGCGGCAGGGGGUGAGAUGCUCAGCUCCUCAUACUCCCUCUCACACAAAAAACAGCUCUAGCAUCAGAUUACCCAACCCCAAAUCCUAACCUUAAACAUUGGGAGGGUAAAAUAAUUUUUGACCCUGGAUCAGCAGUUGAAGGUUUACUCUACUACUUCACAAAUAUACAGUAGCUGUUUGCUACAUCUAAUGUUAGAUGGUCAAACAUGAAUAACACUAUUCUAACAAACUGCAUAACACCAUAUGUGACAGGCACACUAGUGUAAACAAGGUUAAAUGUUAAUCAGAGCUAGAGAUAUACAGGGUUUGGCAAACACAGAUUUUGAAUUCGAGCCGUUGCCACCAAGCGUUCCAACGCAGUUAACACCAGAAUGUGAAUUAGAAUGUUAUUACUUUCAAGGAGAGUUGGGGUCAAUUCCAGGCUAGCUCCUGUAUGUUGAAUUGGACAUGGAUUUCCCCAUAGGAAUUCAAUUCAACCCCUGGAGUGACUGGAAUUGGAAUGAACUGACCCCAACACCACUGUCUGGGAAUAUAGGUCCAACAUGGAGGAUAUACUCUUUACACCCCAGAGAGCAAAACUGAUUGCAAUCACGUUAGGCUGACGUUUGUAUUGUUUUCAUGGUCAGGUAGUAUACUGAUUGUAAAUUGAAGUUUGUAGACGUCUCCUUAGUGACCAGAAACAAAUGUCCUCACCUGGUAAUCUGUUGUCGCUUCAACCAGAAUACUAUACUGAACGAAAAUAUAAACGCAACAUGUAAAGUGUUCCAGAAUUGCACAAAAAGCUUAUUUUGCUAAACUGUUGUGCACACAUUUGUUUACAUCCCUGUUAGUGAGCAUUUCUCCUUUGCCAAGAUAAUCCAUCCACCUGACAGGUGUGGCAUAUCAAGAAGUUGAUUAAACAGCAUGCUCAUUACACAGGUGCACCUUGUGCUAGGGUCAAUAAAAGGUCACUUUAAAAUGUGAAGUUUUGUCACACAACACUAUGCCACAGAUGUCUCAAGAUUUGAGGGAGUGGGGCCUCCCGAGUGGUGCAGCGGUCUAAGGCACUGCAUCGCAGUGCUUGAGGCGUCACUACAUACCCGGGCUGUGUCACAGCCGGCCGUGACCGGGAGACCCAUGAGGCGGCGCACAAUUGGCCCAGCGUCGUCCGGGUUAGGGGAAGGUUUGGCCAACCGGGAUUUCCUUGUCCCAUCGCAUUCUAGCGACUCCUUGUGGCGGGCUGGGCGCCUGCAAUCUGACUUCGGUCGCCAGCUGGACGGUGUUUCCUCCGACACAUUGGUGAGGCUAGCUUCCGGGUUAAGCGAGCAGCGUGUCAAGAAGCGGUGUGGCUUGGCAGGGUCGUGUUUCAGAGGACGCAUGGCUCUCGACCUUCGCCUCUCCUGAGUCCGUAGGGGAGUUGCAGCAAUGGGACAAGACGUUAACUACCAAUUGGAGAGGUAAAAGUACAACAAAAAUCAAAUUGAGGGAGUGGCCAAUUGGCAUGCUGACUGCAGGAAUAUCCUGAACAGCUAAUCAACCUCCCUGAACAGUUAAUCAUGGCUACCCGGACUAUUUGCACUGCCCCCCCAUCCCCCUCUUUUACGCUGCUGCUACUCUGUUUAUUAUUUAUGCAUAGUCGUUUAACUCUACCCACAUGUACAUAUGACCUCAAUUACCUUGACUAGCCGGUGCCCCCGCACAUUGACUCUGUACCGGUACCCCCCUGUAUAUAGCCUCCCUAAUGUUAUUUUAUUUUACUGCUGCUGUUUAGUUAUUAGCUUUUUUUGUUUGUUUUUUUUAACACUUUUUUAAUUUUACAUUUUUCUUUAAAAAACUGCAUUGUUGGUUAAGGGCUUGUAAGUAAAUAUUUCACUGUUAUAUUCGGCGCAUGUGGCAAAUAAAAUUUGAUUUGAUUUGAAUAUCAACCAGAGCUGUUGCCAGAGAAUUGAAUGUUCAUUUUCUACCAUAAGCCGCCUCCAACGUCGUUUUAGAGAAUUUGGCAGUACGUCCAUCCGGCCUCACAACCGCAGACCACGUGUAACCACACCAGCACAGGACCUCCACUUCCGGCUUCUUCACCUGCGGGAUCGUCUGAGACCAACCACUCGGACAGCUGAUGAAACUGAAGAGUAUUUCUGUCUGUAAAAAAGCCCUUUUGUGGGAAAAAAAAACUCAUUCUGAUUGGCUGGGCCCGGCUCCCCGGUGGGUGGACCUGGCUCCCCAGUGGGUGGGCCUAUGCCCUCCCAUCUCCUCUCAUCACUUCCCAUCUCUUCUCAUCCCUUCCCAUCUCCUCUCAUCCCUUCCCAUCUCCUCUCAUCACUUCCCAUCUCUUCUCAUCCCUUCCCAUCUCUUCUCAUCCCUUCCCAUCUCCUCUCAUCACUUCCCAUCUCUUCUCAUUCCUUCCCAUCUCCUCUCAUCCCUUCCCAUCUCCUCUCAUCCCUUCCCUUCCCAUCUCUUCUCAUCCCUUCCCAUCUCCUCUCAUCUCUUCUCAUCUUUUCUUCUCUCUUUUCUUCUCUCCUCUCACUCCAGGCUGUCCAAGGCUGCAGACAUGGACCACCACUGGGUGGCCAAGGCCUGGCUGAGCGACGUAGGGCUGCCGCAGUACUCUCAGGCCUUCCACACACACCUGGUGGAUGGGCGCAUGCUCAACUCUCUGACGCGCCGGGACCUUGAGAGGUCCCUCAAUGUCACCAAGAAGGCCCACCAGGCCAGCCUGGUGCUGGGCAUCGAGCUGCUGCACACGCUCCACUUCGAUAAGGAGGUAGGUGUCGUGCAAACAGCAAUCCAUGCUGUAUAUACUAUACAUAAACAUUACCAAUAUAUUACAUGUUCAAAUGUGCCCUAAGCUUACAUACAGACAUACAUGUUACAGAUAUGUAUGUGUGUAUGCAUGUUGGCCACAAUACAUUCACUCGGACAAACAUACACACAUUGUGUUAUGUACUCAUCGACUUUUGGAUGUUUCUGUGAUCUGUGGUUGAAAGUAAAGUUAAUUUGAAUGUCAAAUUAAGUGUGUGUGUGUGUGUGUGUGUGCGUGUGCGUGUCCGUGUGCGUGCGUGCGUGUGCGUGCGUCUCAACCCUCUCCAGGCCCUCCAGGCCAGACGGGCUCAGUGUGAGCAUCAGAACCUGGAUCCCGUGGUAUGGACGUGUCAUCGUGUCGUCAAGUGGGUCCGAGACAUUGACCUUAAGGUGGGGUCAUUAUCCUCCCAAUGACACUGGCACACUCAAGUACUGUGAGAACAUGGUAUCUGACGUUUACACUCAGUCCUCAUUGAUCAAUCUUUGACACUUAUGAUAAGAUCUGACCGGUGUCAGUAUUUAACCUGAAAAAAGCUUACAAAUGGUUACAUUUGCUUACAAAUGGUUAUGAAUCAUUCUAUACACAAUGCAAAGUAUACAUUAAAACAGAAUUGUGCAUACUGCAAACCAAUUCAAAUCAUGCUAAUAGAUCAUAGCGUGUUUAUUGAUAAUAGACAGAGAGCUUUUAUGUGUUGUUAUAUGCAUGGGGGAGUGUAGGAAAUGGCGGCAGGUUUAUUGACACUAUCCCUGUCUGUGGAUAGAGAUAAAGGAAAGGACCUUUGUGAUCGAUUCUGAACCACUCGUCAUCUCUGUGGUUACCGCACAGUGAGUCACGGCUUCAAUAAAUGGAUAGUAGUCAGGAGCUUUUGUUUAUGAUAUCCCUUCCAUUGAUAUUAACUACAUUUUGUUCAGAACGAUUAUGAAAAUCAAAGAUGUUUUCAUCUGAAGAGCCCAAGUCAAUAUUGUCAGUCAGACCACUAUUCAAUCAAAUCUUCAAUGUUGAGGGUUACUGUAGGCAGAUAGAACAACACUGCAUGCGUGCACAGCGAAAAUGCUUUUUGGGUUAGUAUGCUUUUUUAAAUCUCCAUUGUUUGAAUGGAUUAAAUUAAUCCAAAGCAUGCAUUCUCGCAGCUAUUUUUUUUUGUCUCACUUUGGAAGCUUCCACUGGAAUACAACAAAUGUGUACACAUAAUUUCCAUUUUAUUUUUAUUCAACCUUAUUUAACCAGGCAAGUCAAUUAAGAACAAAUUCUUAUUUAAAAUGACGACCCUGUUAUUUACAAACAUUUUUUUUAAAGUAUGUUAAUCAUUUAGGAACUCUUCAAAAAAGAACAUGUGUCCCUCUCCCUCCUCAACCCGUAUAGGAGUUUGCUGACAGUCUCCAGAACAGUGGAGUUCAUGGUGCUGUCAUGGUGCUAGACCCCUCCUUCAACACAGACUCCAUGGCAAUGGCAUUGGGUAUCCCCGGCAACAAGCACAUGAUUCGCCGCCACCUCACCGAGGAGAUGAAUGUCCUCAUCAGCUCGGCCAGGUGAGGGAGGGAGAGGGGGAGAGAGGGAGGGAGAGGGAGAGGGAGAGAGGGAGAGAGAGAGAGAGAGAGAGAGAGAGAGAGAGAGAGAGAGAGAGAGAACAAGUGAGUUUGAGAGGAGAGAGAAAUUAGAGGAAGAGAGGGACAGAUACAGCUAAGACCAAAGUCAUGAGGGAAAUGUGGUCAGAUUAAAUUGAUGUAAUUUAAGGGAGAAUCAAAGUGAAAAGAAAAGAGAAACAGACAGGGCGAGAGUAUGGGUGAAGAUGUAUUGUUUAUCUAAGUUUAUCCCCACUCUGCAGUAUGGCUGGGUUAAGUGACAGAGUGGAAGUCCACCUGUCUGCAUCCCUCUCAGGCUCUGUAAGAUUUAAAUGGCAGUUGAUUAAAUGGCAGCCUCAUUGUCAGGGAAGGCCUUAGGUAGGUCAUGUGAAGAUGAUGUCAUCUCUCCUCGAGUCAAUGUGGACAACAUGGCCUGGAGACCAUGUGACAGCUUAUCAUUGCUAAUAGGGAUGAGUAGACAACAUCCCUUGCUUAACCUAAUUAAAGAGGGGACUUGUGGGAUCACGUGUGCAGGACACCGAUCCAUUUCAAAGAUGCAAGUCAGGCCAGAUUCAGAGUGCAAAAUGGAGAGGUUCAUCACAUGCAAGACACUCCGGCUAAGAACGGCUGCUUAAAUAACUACAUAAUCAGUAAGGAAUCUACUCAUCAAUAAUCUGUACCUAAUCAAUCAAUAAUGUACCCAUUCCUCCCCUCCCUCCUGACACUGACACCCUAGGUCAAGAGGUCUACAGCAAGACCAUGAUAGGCUGGGGACAAUGAGCACCCCGCCCACGCCUCUACGCCACGCCUCCCCACCCACACCCUUACGGCAUGCCUCCCUGGGCCGGCCCACCAGCUCCGCCAGCCGCCACACACACCCGGACGACGAAGGCUCCCUCAGGAGACGGGCCGUCAAGGUGGGCACUCCCCUAGACUACGGACGAAAAUUAGCUAUUUUGUUAACUCUGUCACUUUUGAAUGUAAACAAUAGAAUGUUGAUUAAAGGGAUAGUUCAGCUAAAUUCAAUGCUAAUAAUUAGCAUUAGUUGGUCGUGGCUAGUUUAACAAACCCAAAGUGUGGAUUGCAGUCGCUCCUUGUCCAUAGACAGCUUUCAUGGCAAGGGAACAAAUAUCUAUAUAUGUAAUUUCUCUGAACUAUCCCUUCAAUGUGCACUGACACUAUCAAAUACAUUCCUGUAGCAAUGUUUUUUUUUCAGGUUUUUCUUGUGUUGAAAAAGGCCUUGAAGCCAGAAUGUCUCUCUUCGUUCCUCUUGUAAUUGCUUUCCUAUAGUGUAAACCUAUAGCCCAAGGGAGAUACGUCAUAACUGUGUUGCCGAUAUUCUCAGUUUGAAGCCUUGAGGAAGCGAGGAUAUCGGCUACACAGUAAAGACGUAUCUCCCUUGGGCUAUAGGCCUACUCUAUAGGAAAGCUAAUUGAAGCCUUGUUUGUUUCCUUCCCCUUGGAGUAACCACUGAUCUAACAUAACUGGAUAGGUGAAAGCAGGUUCCACUAUUUAGCUUUCACCAUUCCAAACAGGUCAGUUCAGUGAUGACUUCAAGAAAGGGAGGAAGUAAGGAUGCAUUUUCAAAGUAUUUGAACAGGGCCUGACUUCCUUCUCCUCCCACCCCCAGCCUCCUUUAGGGUUCAGCCCCAAAGCCCACAGUGGGCGGGACUUGAGUUGUCAUAGCAGCUACGGCUCACUGCCGAGAGAGGCUUGUGACGAAGCUCCGCCCAGGACAGAGGGGAGUCCAAUCCACAAACACUCGGGCAUUGAGGUCACCAACGUG